GCGAUUGGAGUCCAUUCAAUAUGGAAACUGUUCGUUUAAUGAUGAACAUGUUUGAUACUGAUAAUAAUGGCACAAUCACGUUUCCGGAAUUUGCAGGACUUUGGCGUUAUAUUGAAGAUUGGAAAAAAUGUUUCCAAACUUUUGAUGCUGAUGGUUCUGGUACAAUUAAUUUCGCUGAAUUAAAAAAUGCUUUGAGAACAUUCGGCUAUAACUUGAGUGAUAACUUCAUUAACCUUCUUAUUAAGAAAUAUGAUAAAUAUGGCGGUAACAAAAAUGCAGGGAAGGGUGAUGUAACUUUUGACAAUUUCGUG